AUGUCAACAUCAGAUAUUAAUAGUAACGGAGUUAAAGAAGAGAACCCAAUCGUAUUCUUUGAUGUUAGUAUCGGUGGUCAGGCAGUUGGAAGAAUCAGAAUUGAAUUGUAUGCUGAUGUAGUCCCAAAGACUGCUGAAAACUUUAGACAAUUUUGUACAGGUGAAUUUAGAAGAGGAGGACAACCAAUUGGAUAUAAAGGAUGUUUGUUUCACAAGGUUUCAAAAGAUUUUAUGAUUCAAGGAGGUGAUUUUGUAAGACGUGAUGGUACUGGUAGAGAAUCAAUAUACGGCGAAAGAUUCCCAGAUGAGAACUUUAAACUAAAACAUACUGGACCUGGUACAUUGUCGAUGGUUAAUAGUGGUCCAAAUUCAAAUGGUUGUCAAUUCUUUAUCUCUUGUGUAAAGACUGAUUGGUUGGAUGGAAAGAAUGUAGUAUUUGGUCAAGUUAUCGAUGGUAUGAAGGUUGUUAGAACCAUUGAAGAUGUUCCAAUCAAUCCUCAAACAAGUAAACCAAAAUAUGAAAUCGUCAUUACUCAAUGUGGUCAAUUAUAA